AUGAGUCAACAAUCUGGUGCCGUACGAAGGGGAGGAUCCUCUAACCCAACCCGACGGACCCUGGAUCUCGAAGAGGAAAUCAUCAACAUUCCUGACUGUGACAUAUCGGUGGUGGCUGAGCAGUUCAAGCUCACCGUGAUCGGUAGGAUGUUCCACCGAGAAGAAAGAAGUACGGAAGCUCUCAUCAAUCUUCUGCCUAAACCCAAGAUCUGGGACAUGGAAGGUAGAACACAAGGAACAAACCUCGGCAAUGGACAAUUUCAGUUUGACUUCGAUCACGAGGAAGACAUGAAUAAAAUUCUGGCUAAGAGGCCAUGGCACUUCAAUCGAUGGAUGUUCUCACUAGAAAAGUGGGAGCCAUUCACUCGUGAAGACUUCCCCAAUACAAUGGUGUUUUGGGUCGUGGUUACGGGCAUCCCAGUUCAUUUCUGGAACAUCCCAACCUUUACCGAGAUUGGGAAGGCUCUAGAAACGAUCAUCAAAAUUGAAGCUAAGAAAGCCAAGUUCCAGGUCUCAAUCAAGGCGGACUCCCCUCUACAAUUUGAACGAAAAGUUGGCUUUCCGAAUGGUGACGUAGGGAUUGCUCAUCUGACCUAUGAAGGCCUGCAGCGCUAUUGCUUCACCUGCAAGCUAUUAUCCCACGAAGAAGGGACCUGUCCGGAACUUACCGAGGAACAACGAGAAGAAAAGAAACAUCAAAGGGCGGAACAAGCGAAGCAAGAUAUCUUAACAACAUAUCCAGCUACCUUUCUCCGACCAGCAAAUAGAGAGAUAACCGAUCCUCUGAAAGGGAUAGGACGACUUCCACCUUGCCAACUCGACGAUGUUCGUUCUAGAGCCCUAGUGACUAGAACUGAAAAUCAUCGAAGGGAUUCUUCAGCGAGGAACUUGGAGAGUUACAAUCGAUCUUACGAAAGGAGAGGUCGUUGA